AUGAUCUCUCUUAUUAAAAAGAAACUUUCUCUUUCUUUUUCUAUUUUUGUUUCUGCUUUCUUUCAACUUCUUCAUUUUCUUUUUCUUUCAGCUUCUUCAUUUUCUUUUUCUUCCAACUUCUUCCUUUUCUUUUUCUUUCAACUUCUUCAUUUUCUUUUUCUUUCAGCUUCUUCCUUUUCUUUUUCUUCCAACUUCUUCCAUUUCUUUUUCUUUCAGCUUCUUCCUUUUCUUUUUCUUUCAGCUUCUUCCUUUUCUUUUUCUUCCAGCUUCUUCCUUUUCUUUUUCUUCCAACUUCUUCCUUUUCUUUUUCUUUCAGCUUCUUCAUUUUCUAUUAACUUCUUCAUUUUUUUUUUCUUUCAACUUCUUCAUUUUUUUUUCAGCUUCUUCAUUUUCUUUUUCUUUCAGCUUCUUCAUUUUCUUUUUCUUUCAGCUUCUUUAUUUUUUUUCAGCUUCUUCAUUUUCUUUUUCUUUCAGCUUCUUCCUUUUCUUUUUCUUUCAACUUCUUCCUUUUCUUUUUCUUUCAACUUCUUCCUUUUCUUUUUCUUUCAGCUUCUUCCUUUUCGUUUUCUUUCAAAUGCUUUCUUUUUUAUUUCUUUGAGUGUCUUCCAUUUCUUUUUCUUCGAGUGUCUUCCAUUUCUUUUUCUUUCAGCUUCUUCCUUUUCUUUUUCUUUCAACUUCUUCUUUUUAUUUUUCUUUCAGCUUCUUCCUUUUCUUUUUCUUUCAACUUCUUCAUUUUCUUUUUCUUUCAACUUCGUCAUUUUAUUUUUCUUUCAGCUUCUUCAUUUUAUUUUUCUAUCAGCUUUUUAUUUUCUUUUUUCUUUCUGCUUCUUCCUUUUUCUUUUUUUUUCAAAUGCUUUCUUUUUUAUUUCUUUGGAGUCUUCUUCCUUUUCUUUUCUUUUCAGCUUCUUCAUUUUCUUUUUUAUUUCAACUUCGUCAUUUUAUUUUUCUUUCAGCUUCUUCAUUUUUCUUUUUCUAUCAGCUUUUUAUUUUUUUUUUUCAUUCUUUCUGCUUCUUCCUUUUCUUUUUUUCUUUCAAAUGCUUUUCUUUUUUAUUUCUUUGAGUGUCUUCCAUUUUCUUUUUUCUUCCAGUGUCUUCCAUUUCUUUUUUCUUUCAGCUUCUUCCUUUUCUUUUUUUUUCUUUCAACUUCUUCAUUUUCUUUUUUUUUUUCAGCUUCUUCCUUUUCUUUUUUUUUUCAGCUUCUUCAUUUUCUUUUUACUUUCAACUUCUUUUUUUUUUUUCUUUCAGCUUCUUCCUUUUCUUUUUUCUUUUUUUUUCUUCUUCUUUUAUUUUUUCUUUCAGCUUCUUCCUUUUUCUUUUUCUUUCAGCUUCUUCCUUUUCUUUUUUCUUUCAGCUUCUUCCUUUUCUUUUUCUUUCCUUCUUCUUUUUCUUUUUUUUUUUCAGCUUCUUCAUUUUCUUUUUUCUUUCAACUUCUUCUUUUAUUUUUCUUUCAGCUUCUUCCUUUUCUUUUCUUUCAACUUCUUCUUUUUAUUUUUCUUUCAGCUUCUUCCUUUUCUUUUCUUUCAACUUCUUUUUUUUUUUUCUUUCAGCUUCUUCAUUUUCUUUUCUUUCAACCUCUUCUUUUUUUAUUUUUCUUUCAGCUUCUUCCUUUUCUUUUUUUUUUCAGCUUCUUCCUUUUCUUUUUUUUCAGCUUCUUCCUUUUCUUUUUUCUUUCAACUUCUUCUUUUUAUUUUUUAUUUCAGCUUCUUUUUUUUCUUUUUCUUUCAACUUCUUUUUCUUUUCUUUCAGCUUCUUCCUUUUCUUCAUUUUUUUCAACUUCUUCUUUUUUUUCUUUCAGCUUCUUCCUUUUCUUUUUUCUUUCAACUUCUUCUUUUUCUUUUCUUUCGACUUCUUCAUUUUUCUUUUCUUUCAGCUUCUUCCUUUUCUUUUUUCUUUUUUUUUUUAUCUUCAUUUUCUUUUUCUUUCAACUUCUUCUUUUUAUUUUUCUUUCAGCUUCUUCCUUUUCUUUUUCUUUCAGCUUCUUCCUUUUCUUUUUCUUUCAGCUUCUUCCUUUUCUUUUUUUUUUCAGCUUCGUCCUUUUCUUUUUUUCUUUCAACUUCUUCUUUUUCUUUUUUCUUUCAACUUCUUUUUUAUUUUCUUUCAACUUCUUCCUUUUCUUUUUUCUUUCAGCUUCUUCCUUUUCUUUUUCUUUCAGCUUCUUCCUUUUCUUUUUCUUUCAGCUUCGUCCUUUUCUUUUUCUUUCAACUUCUUCUUUUUAUUUUUCUUUCAACUUCUUUUUUUUUUCUUUCUUCUUCCUUUUUUUUUUUUUCUUUCAAGUUCUUCCUUUUCUUUUUCUUUUCAACUUCUUCUUUUUUCUUUUUCUUUCAGCUUCUUCCUUUUUCUUUUUUUCAGCUUCUUCCUUUUUCUUUUUCUUUCAGCUUCUUCCUUUUCUUUUUCUUUCAGCUUCUUCCUUUUCUUUUUCUUUCUGCUUUUUCAUUUUCUUUUUCUUUCAAAUCUUCAUUUUCUUUUUCUUUCAACUUCUUCAGUUUCUUUUUCUUUCAGCUUCAUCCUUUUCUUUUCUUUUUCAAAUUCUUUUUUUUUUUUUCUUUGAUAUCUUCCAUUUUUUUUUCUUUCAGCUUCUUCAUUUUCUUUUUUCUUUCAACUUCUUCAUUUUCUUUUUUUUUCGACUUUUUCCUUUUCUUUUCUUUCAGCUUUUUCUUUUUUUUUUUUUUUUCAUCUUCAUUUCUUUUCCUUUUCUUCUUUUCUUUUUUUUUUUUCAAGUCUAUCAUUUCUUUUUCUUUCAGCUUCUUCCUUUUCUUUUUUUUUUUUUUCCAUAACUUCUUUUUUCUUUUCUUUCAGCUUCUUCAUUUUCUUUCUUUCUUUCAACUUCUUCUUUUUAUUUUUUCUUUUCAGCUUCUUCCUUUUCUUUUUACUUUCAGCUUCUUCCUUUUCUUUUUCUUUCAGCUUCUUCCUUUUCUUUUUCUUUCAGCUUCUUCCUUUUCUUUUUCUUUCUGCUUUUUCAUUUUCUUUUUCUUUCAAAUCUUCAUUUUCUUUUUCUUUCAACUUCUUCAGUUUCUUUUUCUUUCAGCUUCAUCCUUUUCUUUUUCUUUCAAAUUCUUUCUUCUUCAUUUUCUUUUUCUUUCAACUUCUUCAUUUUCCUUUUUAUUCGACUUUUUCCUUUUCUUUUUCUUUCAGCACUUUCUUUUCUUUUUCUUUCAUCCUCAUUUCUUUUCCUACAACUUAAUUCUUUUCUUUUUCUUUCCAAGUCUAUCAUUUCUUUUUCUUUCAACUUCUUUCUUUUUUCUUUCAACUUCUUGUAUUCUUUUUUCUUUCUGCUUCUUCCUUUUCUUUUUCUUUCAACUUAUUUCUUUUUUUUCUUCCAGCUUCUUUCUUUUCUUUUUCUUUGAGCAUCUUCCUUUUCUUUUUCUUUCAAUUUCAUUCUUUUCUUUUUCUUUUAUCUUCCUUUUCAUUGUCAAUUGUGUCAUGAUUGGUUUUUAG